AUGGAUUUCUCGAGUAGCGCUUUUCGUUCUGCCCCGACUUCCAAAGUCUCAGACGAUGUCAUGUCUCAUGCAAACCUCGUCAUGGCGUGUAGAUGGGGGUGGACCAGUUCGCCAAGUGCAGAGAGCGGUGGCGCAAACUCACACUUUGCCACCUCCACACAACCUUCCUCAUCAGCCUCGACAUUCAAUAAUGUACGGUCAAAACGAUUCGCACCGUGUCAAGGCCGUCUCUACCAUCAGCUCUUGUGUUCGCAUCGCAUCCGGACAGAUUUAGUCGAAGACUGCGGUGCAAACUGUGUCGAACCUUACGGAAACACCGUAGAGGCUGCUUUCAUCUGCCACGAGUGCAUCCAAGCAGAAGCUGCGAAGAUCUGGGAAGAGCGACAAGCGCAGCACAACGCUCUGUACCCACCAAUCGAGCAAAUGUCACAGGACCAGUACGAUCAAUGGUACGCCGAACAUCGGCAGUUGGAGGCAGACUUCUCUCGUGACCAGCAAGUCUACGAAAUGGAGCUCAAAGCCAAGACACGCCCAAGUAACAUCUGCUCUGCCAUGGAGGCUAGCAAAGAGGAAAUGGAAUUUGCCAACGAGCUCGACUCUCUAUCACUAUCCCUAAUGGCAUCUAAUACCUCAAUAUCUGAUCCUGCACCGCUUCAGAUUCAGAACCGAACCCGAACAAGUUUAGCUACAGACCCGGAAGAGCAACUACAUUGGGAUUUGAAUACUCUUGCUUUGGACCGCGGAUCUUGUGGUAUUGAGUACUCUGCUUCACAGCCAAACAACGGCGUGAAGUCACCUCGGCAACUUGAUGUAGAAGAGCUAUGGAGGAAGCCCCGAAAUUGA